AAAUUGCAAGUGCAGAAAUACUGCCACUCUUGGGCUUCCCUUGGGAACAACAUGGCACGGAAAAACAAAACCGCCAGCCAUCUGAAACAGCCGGAUAAGGUCUCUCUUCAGAACCGGAUUUGACACCAACAUUUUCCCUCUUAACGAUUCACGGUGGCGACGACGAUGACGGAACGGCUCAAUUGCACACACACCUUGGCUUGGCGCUACAGCAUUUUCAUGAUUUUCCUCAUGUGCUACUACUCGAGGGCGCGGUCGGUGGUGCUUGUCCGCCUGGCUGUGAUGUUUGGGGCCCCACCGCUUCUCUGGGGUGGAACAACACCAGGGCCAGUUCCAGCUGAACAGAACGUUACCUGUUCGGGUGCAUACCUCGGGAGGCUGUUCAGAGUUCACACAGCAAAACAAACGAGUCACUUCCUGUUCGUUUCACCGCCCAGCGAUGACGGUGACGAUGACGACGACGCCGGCGACGACAGCAACACGACGUCAUCCACCCGAGGUGAGCCGGAAGGAACCCGCACUGGGAAACAGGAUCAAUUACAUAAAACAUACUCUUUGGGACGGAAAGGAAACAUUCCACUCGUGUAGGCCUGAUGGCUCGUUGGAUGCCGCUGUUUUUUGUUGUUUAGCAUCCUCGUCACGGUGUUCCUGUUCGCAGCCCUGACAAGGCGCGAUGGUGAGAGUUUCGAGUGUUUGCAGGUGACAAUUUACGCGUUCCGAUGAUUCUUUGAAGCAAUAACGCUGCGUCAUAACUGCGCAAUAAGAUA